AUGUCCGCCUCUGCCUCCGCCUCGCCACUCCCGCCACCGCCGGGCUCACUCAUUCUCGUCACAGGAGCCAAUGGCUUCCUCGCUACCCACGUCGUCGCCGACCUCCUUGCCUCCGGCUACUCGGUCCGUGGCACCCUCCGCCCGUCGAGCCUGGCCAACGAGUCCAAGACGGCCCACCUCCGUGCGCUCGCCGACAAGUACCCCGAGCUCACGCUCGAGCUUGUGCCGGCCGAGCUCGACGACGUCGAGGCGUUGACUGCCGCCGCGGCAGGCACUGCUGCAGUCAUGCACACGGCCUCGCCGUACGUGCUCGAUGUCAACGAUCCCGUCGAGGAGCUGCUCCGGCCGGCGGUCAUGGGCACGUACAACACCCUCGCCGCCGCCGCUGCCUCGCCCUCGGUCGCCCGUGUCGUUCUCACCUCGUCGAUGGCGGCGGUGACCGACUCACCCGACAAUGGCCACGUCUACACCGAGACCGACUGGAACGUCAAGUCGACCGUUGCGCGCAACCCGUACUACGCCUCCAAGGCUCUCGCCGAGAAAGAGGCCUGGAAGUUUGUCGGCUCACCCAUUCCGCUGCCUGACCUGCCCACCGACGGUCUUAUCGAGACGCCGCCACCACCGGCGGCCGUCAACUUUGACCUCGUUGUCAUCAACCCGUUUGUCAUUGUCGGGCCCGAGCCGAGCCCUGCAGUCAACACCUCUAACGGCAUCCUGCGCGAUAUCAUGGACGGCAAGUAUCCCGCAACCAUGGAUCUCAACUGGUGCUUUGUCCAUGUCCACGACGUCGCCCAUGCCCACACGCUUGCACUGACCAACCCGGCCGCCCAGGGCCGCUACCUCACCGCGCACGAUGCCAUUUCCAUGGCCGACACCGUCGCCCUACUCAAGACAAAGUACCCGGACCAUCCGCUGCCCAAGCGCGACCUCUCGUGCAAGAUCGGAACCGGCCUCACCAAGAUGGCGUCAUACUUUCAGCCAAAGGCUGUUGGCUCUUACCUCCGCACCAACCUUUCCAAGGUCUGCCACCUCGACAACACCAAGGUCCGCGAGCUCGGCCUCGAGUUUACCCCAGUCAACGAGACCAUCGUCAGCGCCGUCGAAGAUCUGCGGACUAACGCCAAGCUCAAGGUCGAGUGCAUGCUCGCGCCGGAUGAGCUCUCAGCUCGCGUCGAGCUCCGGGCGGCCGCCGACGCCGCCCGCGGUGCGAGGCGAUCAGAGGCUGCGGGACGAGUGCUUAGCUUUUUGAACAGGCUAGAGCGGGCGUCCGAGGACCAGGCAGCGAACCCAUCGUGGUCCGGAUGGGCGCCGGCUAUCUCCCAUCCAGUCCUUCGCCCGCUCUUUCUCGACUCGCACCGCAACAUCCCGGACGAGGCCAUCGUCGCCGCCCUUGCCUCCACUGCCGACCGAGGCAUCCAGAAAGAUGUGGCGAGAGCCGGCUACGUUGUUCCGGCCGAGCAGGACAGUACCGUUCGGCUGCACGCUGUCGCCAUAGAUUGUGUGGCGUCUGUCAUCCGCAGGGCGCUUGGCGUCGCCACCAAGGACGACGACCGCGAGCGCACGCUUCUGCGCGCGAGGCGAAUGGCGCGCGCGGUGAUUGCCGAGUGGGAAAGCCGACUUCCGGGCGUCUUUGUGUCGUUCCAUGCCUCCCUCGCGUCCAUGGAGCUUGCUGCACGGCUGGCCGCCCGUCCGCUGUCUGCUGCUGCGCUUCGGGCUGUCAUCCUCAUCCCCGAGCUCCGAGCGCUAGCGCUCAUCGCAAGGAACCCGUUGCAUGCACUGAGCCGUGCCACGGGCGUUCCUGUGGAAGUUUUUGCCACUCGGGUGUUCCUCUUUCUCCUUCCCGACUACGAGGUGCCCGACGCCAUUCUUCCGCCGUGGUACAAGCCACGCCAUAUCGAGAUCGCGAUCUCCGCGCUGGGUACCCGCAUCGCCGACGAGUAG